UUCGUUCGGCCCCCGCGCGGCGUUACGUUCACAGCUUCGCGUCUGUACAAAGAACGCCUCAAUGUAAAAAACCUGUGAUGUAUUGAUUAAUUCAAACGUUAUUCAAACAUAAAAGGCAUCCCUGUGCAGAAUCUAACGCGUUCCUCUCAAAACAAAAACAGUUUCAGUGAACAUUGUGCGUUUUAGAAGGGGCCACGUCCCGUGAAAUUCCACUUUUAUCGACACAUAGAAUCUUGUGUGCGAGUCGAACAUGGUGGACUGCGGCGCGAGUGAAAUCGUCCGUCUUGUGUUUUAAAGUCGUGAAUGUAACAUACGAAAUAUGGAUUGGUAUAUGAGUGUUUAGAUAAAGUUCGGAUAAAGUAUACUGCAACAAUGGUAUCCUACGGUUACUUCGGGCUGCGCCAGACACCUUGGACGCUCCUCGUUCUAAUUUUCAUCGUCGAAAGCGUCAUGGGGAACUUCGCCAAAUCAUUCUACAUACAUUGGAACACCACGAACAGCAUAUUUAGAAUAGACAAUACAGAUCACGUAUUCGACUUAAAUAAAGGAAACGCUCAGUUUGAAUAUGACCAAGUGAACAUAAUAUGUCCUUUCUACACUCCCGGAACAUUUGAGGAUGACACGGAAAAAUAUAUUAUCUACAAUGUAAGCAAAGAAGAAUAUGAUACGUGCAGAAUUACAAACCCAAACCCACGAAUCAUAGCGAUAUGCGAUAAACCGCACAAAUUAAUGUAUUUCACAAUUACAUUUCGACCGUUUACACCUCAACCUGGCGGGCUGGAGUUCCUUCCAGGUAAGGACUAUUACUUUAUAUCCACGUCCAGUAAGGACGAUCUGCAUAGGCGCAUCGGAGGGAGGUGCCUUAGUCAUAACAUGAAGCUAGUCUUCCGAGUGUGCUGCAAGCCUGAGGAGGGGCAGGCUCCAGCGCCACAGACGCCUCCCCCUCCGCCAUUGCCACCCACUUUCCCCCCGACCACUACCACGACGACGACUGUGAAGCCGGUAACAAAAAAGACGCACAAGUAUGACAAAUCUCCAAACGAAGUUGUGAAAAGCGAGGAGCUCUCCUACUCCCGCGGGGCUGCCCUGGCAUCUUCUAUCGCGUUGGCUCUGGCUGCUAUCUUCGUACUGGCGCCGCUGGUCCGGUGAAUGUGUGUUAAAGCGGCCCGGCGACCGCAACGCGAGGCAAAGCCCGAUACACAGACUUUGCAUUAUCUGCGACCUGACUCUAUAAUCUAUGCGUGAAUCUGUGGGUGAUUAGUGACUUUCCUAGUGUCCAGUUCCGUGACGUUUUAGUGUAAGCCUAAUGUAAGGCCUAUAAUCGAAGAUCUUAGAAGGUACUGUAGUUGCAUUAAAGGUUCUCGAAUCGUUAGGAAUUAAAUUUUUUAUAUUUUCACUAACGCAAUGAAGGAUAUUUGAUUAAGGAUACAGUUAGGUCAUUUAGGUUUCAAAAGACUUUCCACCUAACGCUUAAUUUAACGAAAUUCGCGGCGAAAUUCGUCGCCAUACUGUGAUUUUUGGUUUUAUUUAGAAUGUAAUUUUCUAUUCUUUGUGAUAUUGAAUAUGUGCAUUUUUUUCUCGACUGAUUUUAAAGCUUUUUUUAUUGAUUUAACGCUAUUUUUUCGUGACUCACGUCAUUCACUCGUUUUGAGUUGGCAUUCAAAUCUUGCCAUAGUCUAAUUACCAUCUUGCAUUCAUCUGUUCUUGAUUUUAUCUGUAUCGGAUCAUCAAUCACAUAAAUACAAAAGAAUUCCACGAAAGAGGUUUUACACCACACGUACCUUUAUGAAUGCUGGCCGAAAAAAAAAACAUUCCAAGAGGGCUGUCAAGCCACAGAUAAUAGAUGAUUUCUGAUACAGAUAAUCGUUCUUCAGCACAUCAGUGCCAUUACAAUUAAUAGUAAAAUAGUCAAGUAGUUGAAAUAGUCCGGUUUUCUUUUAGACAUACUCAUUUAGUGGCAGUCUAUAUUUUUAAAUAGCGCUUAAGGUUUUUAAACGUUUGAGUUUCAUAUUGUAUUAACGGUAAUGCCAAUCAACAUAAUCUACUUAGAAGCCCUGUGUAAUCUACGUAAUUAUGAAGUGGGUGAAAAAUAUAUUAUUUAACGUCGACAUAAAGGUUGCUUACAUCUAAAAUAACCAUAAAUAUAAACACCAUUUUGACUCACUUAAUUAAAAAGGAACAUAGGUAUUUCAAAUUAUUUCAAAAUGUAAAUGUGUCUUCGUAAUAAAUAAUAGACUAAGUUAUGGACGUAAUAAUUUAAAAUGAAAGUUGAAGCGUGUACAAUAAUUAAUUGACUAAAUUCUCUUUAAAAAAUACAUAGUAACACUAACUUAUUCUAUCUAAAUUUAAAUUAUUGUUUAAAAGGGAACUAAGAGACUGCACUAAUUGUUUGUUGCAAUUUUAAAUUACGACACAAAGUCAGAUUUUCGUAAACUAAAACGCAAUUAGCAACACUUUCUACAUUUAAACGAUUGGACUUCUUAAAACUAAGAAGAAUAAACAAUGAAUCAUAAAUACGUUCUAAAUUUAAAUUAUGACAGGCUAUAGGUAGAAUAUUUGCUAGGCCCAUAUCCGGUUACUAUCCGCCCCGUUUUUCGUAAGGUUUCUUUGUCUAAUUUCCGUUAUUGAGAUGUUGCGUUUACAAAAACAAUCAAGAAAAGGGCACAGGCUGUAAACUUUUUAUUAUUGUUCACUAUACAAUACGUAAACAGAGUAUAUUUUCAAUAUAUGGUCGACGUAGUAACGUAGAAACAAAAACCAAUCAUGCGUUAUAUUGGAGCGAGAACUUACCCCAAAAGUAUAAGAUUUUUUUUUAAUUAAUAGGAAGGAUUAGCCUUCUGUGUUAUUGUGCGCUAAGUAUGAAUAUCGUAUGUCAAUCUUUGUCGUAUGGAAGUCAGACUUAAUCAUGGUACCUUAAAGAUGGUCAUAAAAAUAAUGAAAAUAUAUUCUAAACCGUUGAUUUGUGUUCGUAUAUUGGAAAAUCCAGUUUUAGGUCAGACCUCUUCUCUUCCUGUCUUCCAGAGUGAGCAGAGGCAAUCCAAGAGUACCAAGCCUGUUCGAUUCUUGGGUAAUCGUUUUAAUUUCGCUCCAUGUCAUUCCAGUAAUGAAUUCGUUGCUUAGUCUGUUCGACCACGUUUCCCUUGAGAGCUUGGCAAUGUCUACAUAUUUAAGCAUGUGACCUAAUCUAUAAACUGUUUAAAAAAAAUGUGUCAUAGGACAAUUAUUAGUUAUUUAAUAAGAAACAUUUCUAAUCCAUUUAAUAAUCAAAGUCAUUCAACAAAACACAUGAUCAUUGUCCGCCAUUUUGUCAAUAGGUUUCGAGGUUAAAAUUUUGAUUAUGAUAAUAUAAUUGAUCAAUAUAUUUAACUGAAAGUUGAAAGGUUUAUAUGGUUAAAUAUAACAGCUUAUUACGAAAUAUAUUUAAUUCACCGUUUUAAUACUGUUGUCUCUUUUCAUUACAGCAUAAACGCGCUAUGUCAGAAAGGGACGGAAGAUUUUUGUGUGUGAGAUCACUGAGAAGUUACUGGCAGCUUGUCAGUUCGUGUUAGAUUUUCUUAAAAUAUUGUUAAAACAUAGCAUAUCAGGGGUAUUUUAUCAUUUUUUUUUAUACAUUUUCCGACAAGAGAGGUUUAUUGUGUGUCUUUAAAUAAAAUUUUUGGUAAAAUUAUACGUAUACACUUUUGAAUUUAUUUAAAGUUUUUGAGAUUAUGACUUACUUAAAUGGACUUCAAAUGGCUGUCAAAGGAAAAAGUUGUAUAUAAACGAGUCCCUUCCAGAUAUGCGUGAACUUAACUACUGAAUCGAUUUCGAUGAAACUUUUUCUGUUACCUAAAUCUAUUUAUUCGUGAUGAUGACAAUUACGAGAUAUUUAAAUAUUUAUUUUUAUACACACGAGACUCAACAAACGGCCAGACGACGGACAUAGCGUGCAUGUAAAAAAUGUAUUUGCCUAAUUACAAUGCUUUAUUGGAAUAAAUAAUAUAUUUGUGUAAUUUAAGAAUGUUCACGUAACAAAUUUUGAGAGCGGCGCCAUCUUGUCUAGAGAAGCGUUUUGCCGGGACAUUGAAAUUAUGAUAAUUUUACUUUUAAAAUAUCUGUCAAUCAAAUUUUAGUGUCAUGUGCUGUCUUUCAUCUGCUGUGCUCUUCCGCGCUGUCGAUCCAGCAGUACAGUUUGCCUUAAUGAACAUAAUUAUAAUCUUCAUUUAAUUAUGUUCAUUAAUCAUAAUUAAUUACCCUUUCUAUGAAAAAUCUGAGUCAUUUGACUCAACCAUCCAUGGAGCUGUAUGCUGGAACAUACAAUUUAACAUAAAAAUUUAAAUUAUAUAUAUAAUAUCAAAUAAGCCUUGUCAGCAUAUAAUUUUUUUUGUCCUAUAACAUUUGACUUAAUGCUAAAAUUCAUAACAAACAUACGAAAAUAAAUAAAUAAAUCAUUAUGAAAAUCGGGGCCGGUAACUUACGAUAGCAGUAGUGAUCCUAACAAACUUUUGAGGUUUUAAUUCUCUUAUAACAACUACAAUUUUGAUGAAUUUAGGGUGAGAUUCAGAAUCGAAAACCCGCUAUGACAUAAUCCAACAAAUUUUUUGACGUCAAUUAAGUCUGAAUCUUACACUUUAUACGUAUCAUUGACAAUCUC